GCGGUUGGCUGAGUGAGGGAGAGCAGCUGCGUAGUGGCUAGUUCGCGGCUAGCGUUGUUGUGAAUGCGCCCCAGGCUACGUCACCGCCAUGUCUCGUCAUAUGGAGGAUCGUCAACAGGUAAAGUGAAGCUAAAGGGCACAACACCACCACCGAAGCUCUUCCUUCUUCUCACGCAAACAACUCCUUCCCUCAAAAACACAAUCACAGCUCUCGCACCUUCUCGAUAGUUAUUAUCUACUACCGCUGUACGAAAUAAGAACAACGAGAAAGAAGAUCCUACAACACUCGUCGCAAUGCAUCGCACGUACUCUAUGAGACAAUCGCGGGCUCCUACCGCCUCGCAGCUCCAGAACCCUCCUCCACCAUCGUCGAGCACAAAGUCGGGCAGAUUGUUCGGAAAGGGUGGUAUCGGCCAUGCUCUCCGUCGUCAAACUGCCGGUCAAUUCGGCCCUGAUCUCGCAAAGAAGCUCUCCCAGCUCGUGAAGAUGGAGAAGAACGUCAUGCGCUCCAUGGAACUCGUCGGACGUGAGCGCAUGGAAGUUGCUCAACAACUCUCUAUCUGGGGUGAGGCUUGCGAUGAUGAUGUUUCGGAUGUCACGGACAAGUUGGGCGUCUUGAUUUACGAGAUUGGCGAGCUUGAGGAUCAGUACAUUGACCGUUAUGAUCAAUACCGUGUUACCAUCAAGAGCAUCCGAAACAUUGAGGCUUCCGUUCAACCCAGCAGAGACCGCAAGCAAAAGAUCACCGAUCAGAUUGCCCAGCUCAAGUACAAGGAGCCCAACUCCCCCAAGAUCGUCGUUCUCGAGCAAGAGCUCGUCCGCGCCGAAGCCGAGUCCCUCGUCGCCGAAGCACAACUCUCCAACAUCACCCGCGAGAAGCUCAAGGCUGCCUACACCUACCAAUUCGAUGCUCUCCGCGAGCACUGCGAGAAGCUUGCCAUCAUCGCAGGCUACGGAAAGCACCUCUUGGAGCUGAUUGACGACACUCCCGUCACCCCAGGCGAGACCCGCGCAGCAUAUGACGGAUACGAGGCCUCCAAGGCCAUCAUCCAAGAUUGCGAGGACGCGCUCACCAACUGGGUUACUGCCAAUGCGGCCGUUUCCUCCAAGCUGUCUACCCGUGCCCGCACCCUGUCUCAGCGUCGCCGUAACAACAUCCAGCGUAACCCCGAGGGACAUGAUCUCACUGGUCAAGAUGCCCCAAUGAAUGACCGCGAGUCCGGUCUCUGGGUCCCAGCUAGUGCUCACAAGGGCGGUGAGGAUUAUGAGGAUGAGGAGGAAGAGGAGGAGGAGGAGGUUGCUGCUCCUUCUAUCCAGGAUAGUGCUCUGAAUGGUGAGGCUAGAGGCCGUCAAGAGACUGUUGCCGCGUAAAGAAACAAACGGGAAGGGAAGGGAAGGGGUGGAGUCACUUUGGUUUUUUAUCGAACUAUUCCCAGGAUCUCCUUGGUUUUUCCUGAUCUGCUGGUUUCACUGCUGCAGGAGAUUGAUAUGUGGUGGUAAUAAGUAAUUCUUUAUGAUGGGACGCUGGAGCUGGAGGGU